UGUUUUGGUCUUGGCGAAGAGUUAUAUUAAAAAGUAGAGUUUUAUAAAAGUAAGCCCCGAGUGUUUUCCCAACAUGUUUUAAGUAAAUGCCAGAGAGACACACAAAAUGUCACAGAACGAACUGGCAGCGGCGGCCCCUGCUGCACAAACUGCUGUCACCGCGACCCGCAAGCGCACAAUAUCCCCAUCGAGCUCUCUCUCCCUACGAUCGGAUCCGAAAUCGAUUAUUGAGAUACACAUCUCAAAUGAGAACAAGACAAAGAAAGCUUGCUUGGAGGCGCAGACUGGAAACGGAAAUGGAAGUCCAGAGGCGAAGCUAAAUCAGGACCAAGAGCAGGAACCAGGAACCAGCAGUAGUCAAGCAGCAGCCCUGUUGACGGACGACGAGGAGCUCCGACAUAAGCAGUACCGGGAAAGUUGCUCCAUCUUCUUGCAGGAUCUGCCCUGCUUUAAGUUGCAGCAGGAACAACCCACUGGGGAUACAACGGUAGCGGAGGUACCCAAGUGUCGCGAAUGCCGCAAGCGACAUGUGACGCCCUCCCCCAGCGAGAGUGAUGCCACCAGCAACGAUGUCUAUUGCAGGUUCUACGAAUUCCGACGCCUGCAGUACAACGGCAAGGGGGAGCUGAGUGUGGCCGGUUUUCCGAAUCCCUACAUCGAGCCCACAAAGGAGGAUUACAGCAUUUGGCAGCCGGAUGGCACGACCGCGCCCACCAGUGGCUUCAUGGACAUACAAGUGUGCCGAUACAUACUCCUACAUGCGGGCGAUCAGUUCUGCUAUCUGUGGCGGCAGGAGGCGGAGGCUCUGAAGCUGCACGAGAAUCCAGAUGGGACCAUCGCCUGGAAAAAGGCUGUAAAAGGCAUUCGAGAAAUCUGCGAUGUGUGCGACACGACGCUGUUUAACUAUCACUGGACUUGUCGCAAGUGCGGCUUUGGCGUGUGCCUGGACUGCUUCAAGGACAGAAAGGAGGGGCAGCGCUUGCGGCGCGUAGAGACAGCCCUGCAGAAGGGUUGCGACGAAUAUCACUGGGGGCUCUGCACCGAUCCCAGUGGUCCGCAGCAGCAUGCCAUGACCGAGCUGAUGCUGACGCAGAUCAUUGCCGGCGAUGCGCUGAACGUUUUGGGCAGGCUGCUGCACGAGGUGCGCACCCUGUGGCAGGUGCCGCAGGUCUGCGGCUGCCUGCUGAGCAAGCAGGAGGUGAAGGACCCCCAGUUGAACGCCUUCAUUCAGGACAUGAUCAAGGAGUCGCAACUGAAGCAGCACACAAGCUUCUCCUCGCUGGCCACCGAGCAGAAACUGCACCAGCAGCAGAGGCUGGAGCAGCUGCACUCCAAGAAGCUAGAAUUCGCCCGGGAACGAGGCAUAGACUACGUCCCGGGUCGGGUCUGGACCAAAGAGACCCUCGGAAAAGAUCCAAUCACGAGUGCGUUCGAUAACUUCAAGCACAUAAACUUUCUGCGGAAGGGUCUGGCCGGUCUUAGGAGGUUUCUGCCACCGAGAGCCAUGACCCUGGCCCAUUCCACGCAGCUGGCUCCGGGCGUGCCCCACGAAUGGCUGUGCGAUGGCAAGCUCUUGAGGCUCACGGAUGCCAUGCAUCCGGACAAUCGUGUGCUCUACCAGGAGGUGUGGAAGUGUGGCCAGCCCGUCAUGAUCUCAGAGGUGGCUCGCUCUUUGAACCUGGAUCUGUGGCAUCCGGAGGCCUUCUGCCGGGACUUUGGCGACAAGCCAAACGAUUUGAUCAACUGCCUCAAUGGCAAUCUGGUGCCCAAUCAGCCCAUGCGGCACUUCUGGGAGGGAUUCCAGUGCAUGAGCAAGCGUCUGCUGGACGCCAAUGGCAAGCCCAUGCUGCUUAAGCUGAAGGACUGGCCACCGGGUGAUGAUUUUGCCGAAAUACUGCCCACUCGGUUUGCAGAUCUCAUGCAGGGACUGCCAAUGCCGGAGUACACGUUGCGGACGGGCAAUCUGAACAUUGCCAGCUGCCUGCCCAAGAUGUUUGUGCCGCCCGAUCUGGGCCCCAAGAUGUACAACGCGUACGGAUCGGCCCUGCAUCCCGACAAGGGAACGACCAACCUCCAUCUGGACAUCUCGGAUGCCGUUAAUAUAAUGGUCUACGUCGGAAUACCCCAGGACGAGGAUAGCAAGCCCCAGCUGGCGGCCACACAGAAAGCUAUUGCCUUGGGCGGAUGCGAUUAUAUCACCCGUGCUCGCUGCCAGUCCCCCGAGGUGCUGCCCGGAGCGCUGUGGCACAUCUUCCCGGCUCGCGAUGCCGACAAAAUACGCGAUCUGCUCAAUCGCGUGACGCUGGAGAAGGGCUUCCGCCUGGAGCCCGAUCACGAUCCGAUACACGAUCAGAACUGGUAUCUGGACGACAAGUUGCGGGCCCGUUUGUUCAAGGAAUACGGUGUGGAGGGUCAUCCCAUUGUCCAGUGCCUGGGCGAUGCUGUCUUCAUACCCGCCGGGGCACCGCAUCAGGUCCAGAACCUGCACAACUGCAUCAAGGUGGCCGAGGACUUUGUCUCGCCGGAGAACAUCACUCACUGCUAUCAUCUAACGCACGAGUUCCGGCGCCUCUCGCACUCGCACACCAACCACGAGGACAAGCUGCAGAUCAAGAAUAUCAUUUACCAUGCCAUCAAGGACUGCUGCACCAUCUUGACGCGGGCGCUUGACGAACGCAUUGAUGUGGAAAUGGCCAAGCUAAAGGGAAAUUAGAUUGCACCAUCAUCAUUUACACUUGUUCGUAGACAUAGCAUUCAAAUUUUAAUUCCGUCAAUUAAUUAAUUCAAUUAAGAGAAUUUAACUCUAUUCAAUCAUCCAUAUGUACUUCUCUAAUAUGCGUAGUA